UUUAAACUUCAUCACACACCGGUGAAAUUCAGUUUUAAUGUAUACGACACAUGUAUCUAGAUUUAAUGCAUUCUUCAAUAGUUUAACGUAUAAACCAUUGUCUUAUAAAUGUACAGUUUUAUAAAAUGAUCGCUGAAGUCUCUGUUUUAAAUUAAAUUUAGGUUUUCCAGGUCACAUCCUCUCGUGUGCCUUAUGCGUGUUCGUCAAUGUGGCGUUUACACUGAUGACCACUAGAUGGUAGCAAGUCGCCAGACGACUUUAGCAGUUCUUCGUCUGCCACAUCACCAGUCCGACAGGGGCUUGUAUGAAUCUGUAGAAGAACGGUUUUGAGUCUCUGUAUGAGGCUCGUUGGUCUAGGGGUAUGAUUCUCGCUUAGGGUGCGAGAGGUCCCGGGUUCAAAUCCCGGACGAGCCCAACCUUUUGACCCCCUGCAGCAUUAAUAUAAAUUCAUGUUGUUCUGGAGAAUACAAUUAUCAUUUUAAAAAACACUUUAUUAAAUGGAAUUUUGAUUUUGAUUAUUUCAGAUGAAUGGUUCAUUUUUGUGUGUGAAACCUCUGCCUUGACUGGACCUUUGUUUAUUUAUGUGUAAAGUCUCUUGGUGUAUUUUAUCUGCAGGGAUAAUUAAAGCUUUUAUCUUCAUCUAUCUAUAAUGUCUCUGAUCUUUUCUCAUUGGCUUUGAUAUUUUCUGAAAGAGAAAUUCUGCUAUCAUAUCAUGAUUACAAAAACAACAGACACACAUGGGACAUCUUCUCAUCUACGUUCUGCAGCUCUGAUGUGUUUUAAACAGCUCCAGAGCCAAUCAUCUGCCGUCAACUAUGAAGAAGAUAUUUAACCUGUUCAACACAAACACACACAAGUGUGUGUCCUCUUACACAUCUGGUCUGAUCUCUCACAACGAGGAGCCGCCAGAAAAAGACCUGAAGGAGUUUUUCAAGGCUGCGUCGAAGGGCGACUUGACAAAGUUGAAGAGACUGGACAUUAGGACAGAUGUUGCUCAACUCAACAAGCAGACCAGCGAUGCCUUUCAUGUGGCCUGUGCUCGAGGACAUGCCGAGGUGGUGCACUUCCUGCUGGAGAGAAAAGCCGAGGUCAACGUUUACGACGACAGGAAAAGAUCUGCCCUGAUGAAGGCGGUGCAGGGGCAGCACAAGCAGUGUGUGAAGAUCCUGCUGGAGCACGGCGCCGAGCCCGACAUGCCAGACGUCGGUGGCAACACUGCCCUCCACUGUGCGGCCAAAAACCCUCCCAUCUCCAUCGCCGUCCUGCUCCUGAAGCACAAGGCUGACAUCAACAUCCAGAACAAGAAGGGCUUCACGCCCCUGACCGUGGCGGUCCGUGAUAAUCACAUAAAAAUGGCGGAGACUCUACUCCAGCAGAACGCCGACGUCAACAUCACAGACCAAGACCGGAAGUCUCCUCUGAUGAUAGCCGCCAGCAAGGGACAGAUGCACAUGCUGCAGCUGCUGAUGCAUUUUAACGCUGACAUCACACUGAAGGACAUCAAGGGAUGGUCAGCUCAUGACUACGCCUCCAAAAAUGGCUUUUUCCGUUGCCUCCCGCUGUUGUCUAAGCUAAAAGACGGGCAAAUAAAACAGUACGAGGAUAAACCGCAGUUAAAAAGACAACAUAAAAUUCCAGUGAAAAAGGAAGAAGCUUUGAAGCGUUGGAAUGAGGAGUCCGACCCUGAAGACACGUCUCAGUCAGAGACGGAAGAAUGUUGGAAUUCUUCUGAGAACGAUGAAGAGGAAACGCCACAGAACACGAACCCACCUGGAUUGUUACGUAGUUCCUCUAACUUUGUCAAUAAAGAUAAAAAGCUGAGAGGAAGUGAGAAUAAAGUGUUUGUUUUAAACAAAUAUGCAAAAGGCGACGGUACGAAGAAUCCCUUCAGUUUGGGUUCAACCAACGAUCAGGACGGUGCAUGUGAUGGUCGGAAUAAUUUGGUGGAAGUCGUUGACUUCUCUGACUGGGACUCGCUCAGUGUUGAUGUUAAACCUGAGGAGAAGGUCAUCGAUAGUGUGAGCAACAACGAGAGAAAACAGAAAACAGAACUUCCUGUGUGUUCAGACGCUGAACUCUCAGACUGGGACUCUCCCAGUGGAACCAGUCCUGAUGAUACAGAUGAAGUCACAGGCAGAGAGGCUGACAAGGCACUUAGAGUUCUGAACAAACACGAGAAUGAGGUUGAACAAAGGACUGAUCUUGGUUUGGGUGAUGUCGAAAAGCGUUUGUCUUCUUGGGACACACUGACGACCAGGAACUUUAAAGACAACGUUAAGGACAAACCCAGGAAAUCUGGGACUGUGUCAAAGAACUUUUCAUGUCAGGAAAGAAACAUAAAAACACAACAGCCUGUAGCUACUACAAAAUCCAGGAAGGAAUCAGGUCAAUCACAUCUACCACCACGUCAGAAGCCUAGUGGUAAAAAACAGGAAGGACAGACGGAGACUUUGGAGCUGGAGCAAUUCAACGUAGGCCACGACCACAGUCUGAAAGUCCAGGUCAGCGCUCUGAUGUUUCAGUUGGCUGACAUGAAAACUCACCUGGAAAAUGAGCGCCAGAGCCGUGAGACUCUGGAGGCACAGCUGGUUUCUACCUGCGCUCGAUUGGUCGCGGCGGUGAAAGAAGCAGAACGUUGUCUGGCGGCUCAGGCAGACGCAGAGAAAGCUCUGGUGCAAGAGAAGGAGGAACACCAGGUUCUGAGGGACAGUCUGGUCCACGCAGGGAACUCUGAGAGUGAAGAAAGAGUAAAAGUGCUGGAGAAGAAGAAUAAGGAUCUCACGAGUGCGGCUGCCGUCCUUCAGGCACGGAUCUUCAAGUUGGAAGAAGAAAAAAUUGAAACAGAAGCUGAUGUGAAGCAUCUGGCUGAUUUACUGCCUAAACAUCUGAGGAGGAUUUGUGAAGGAAAUAAUGAGAAAAGUCGGAAACUCAAACAGAUGAAAGAUGUGAUGGAGAUCCUGAAGGAGGAGCACUGUAGGUUUGGAGUAAACCUGGCCAAGGCAAACUGCUUCAUGAUGGACGAUCAACAGAGCUUCACGGAGAAUCUGUCCCUGUGGCAUCUGGACUGUGAAGAGACAGACGGACGGAAGAAGCUGGACGACUUAUUUCAAAGGUUUCCGAUGGGUGAUGCGGCCAUCGAGGUCAACAUGAGCAGCUGCAGGGAUCUGGAGGAGGAGAUGACCCGCCUGCUGGAACUUAUGGAGAAGGCCAACAAUGUACUAGGAGAGAGCAAAGACCCUGAUACUCAGACGGACGGACACUCUCGCUGUCUGAAGAGCCCUGGAGAUGAAGUAGACAGGAGUAGAACAAUCAAAGAGCUGGAGGAGGCUGUGGAGGAGCUGACCAGGAAAAAGUCAAGACUGAGUGACGCAGGACUGGGAGAAGGGAAACACCAACAGAGGAAGAAGAAGAAGAAGAGCGUGGUUCAGGGCAUGGAGGGAAGCUCCGACCUCAGGAGGAGGUGUGACGUAUCAAAGGCAGAAGGUGAAGAUGUCGUCUUUCCCAGGAACAACAGGUCAGUGGACUCGAAAUCACUCACUGAAUGUGGCCGCGGAGAACUGACGGAUAAGGUCGAGCGUCUGUCGCAGAAGAAGAUGGAGAGCGCAGUGUCUCGAUGUAGCCAACUGGAGAAGGCCAACAGGGAACUGAAGAGUCAGCUGGACACACUGAAGACCUUCUGCUGCAAUAAAGUCCAGCGGGAAAGGAGAAAUAGUGAAUACGAAGAAUUGUACCGAAAUUGGCAAAGGGAGAAUGUUCCGCUGCAGCAGAACCAGAGAGAACCGUAUGGUUUUAAUGAAGAGAAGUGGACCUGCCAAAAGAUACAGUACAACCUGAAACAAACGGAUGACUGAAUAAAAAGGCAGCUGGACCAGGGCUGCAGAAAAGACGACUGAAAAGAUGACAUGUUGAACUUAUCAUGUUGAUCCAUAUCUUUAUCCAGUAAUUAAAGUUUUUUAAAAGGUUGGUUUGGAACGUUUGUCUGUCUAAAACAUACAAUGAACCUGAUAAUACUGCUGCUAUGUUUAUUAGCAGUAUUAACAAGUAUUAGUUUUCUAUUUACAUUUAUUUUAUUUUAUCCAUUAUAUUGUUAUUAUUAUUUAAUCUAUUUAAUUUUAUUCAGACCAUUUUACUGCCAUUUGUUUAUGU